AUGCAAUGUGGCACCACAUUCCCGGCCGACUGCGCUUCACGAGGACUGUCACCAAAGGAGUUGGUGAACCACCCGCUCUGGUGGCAAGGCCCGACUUGGCUGCGGGCGGAGGCAGGAAGCUGGCCGACCGCUUGGGACCACGACGGCGAGAGCGAGCUCCCCGAGCAGCGCUCCUGGACGCACGCCGCUACGACUACCAAGGAUGAGAGCCAGGAGCCCGAGAUGCUGAGCCAAUACUCUACCCUUCAUCGGCUAUUACGAGUCACGGCCUGGUGUCGUCGCUGGCGAUGCCGACCCUUGGUGAGAUUGGCUCCCGAAGAACGGGCCAAUCCUGCCGCCCCGCGAGUCCUUAGGGCCUCCGAGGUCGAGGAGGCGCGCCUGACCUGGAUUCGAGCCGUGCAAGCUGUGAACUUUAAGGAGGAGUUAGCGGCUAUCGCUAAGGGCAAUUCUCCACCUACACGCAGUACACUUACCCCGUUAACUCCUUUCAGAGACACCCAGAGAAUCCUCAGAGUCGGCGGGCGGAUCAAACACUCCCUCCUCUCUUUUGAUGCCAAACACCCAAUCAUCUUGCCGGGAAGAUCAACCUUCACGCGUCUCGUCAUCGAAGCAUGCCAUCGACGGACCUUACAUGGGGGCGUGCAGCUGACUCUGGGCUCCAUCCGCCAAGACUAUUGGAUCCCCCGCGGGCGAGCGCUCGUCAAAGGCUGCAUCCACCGCUGCUUGACGUGCCUGCGAUGGCGGGCGGCGACUCUGCAACCACUCAUGGGAGACCUUCCUCGACCCCGAGUGACACCAGCUCGGCCCUUUCUCCACACAGGUGUCGACUACGCCGGGCCAAUGUGGUUGCGCACCUCCAAGGGCCGAGGGCAGCGCGCGACUAAGGCCUUCCUGGUGGUUUUCGUCUGCCUCAGCACCCGCGCAGUCCACCUCGAUGUAGCCUCCGAUUAUUCCGCCGACGCCUUCCUGGCCGCGCUGCGCCGAUUCAUCGCACGCCGUGGACUUUGUCGAGCCCUCUAUAGCGAUUGCGGCACCAACUUCGUGGGCGCCGACACCCAACUGCGAGCGCUCUUUGCAGCUAGCGAUCAGAAGGGCCGGCGCAUCGGGGAAGGGCUCGCUGCCGAGAAGAUUGAAUGGCACUUCAACCCUCCGGCAGCACCCAAUUUCGGUGGACUCUGGGAGGCGGCCGUCAAGGCGGCGAAGCACCACCUCCGGCGCGUCAUCGGCGACGCCAGGCUGACGUUCGAGAAGAUGGCCACCCUGCUGGCUCAAAUUGAAUCGUGCCUCAACUCGCGCCCGCUACAGGCUUUGUCGGACGAUCCCGAGGAUUUCGAAGCGCUUACGCCUGGUCACUUCCUCGUCGGCACAGCACUCCACGCCGUCCUGGAGCCGUCCCUCGCCAUGGAAGCCCCGACGCGAUUAUCCAGGUGGCAACAUCUGCAGCAGCUGCGAGACCAUUUCUGGAGUCGGUGGACCCGGGAGUACCUCCAGUCUUUGACGCACCGGCCAAAAUGGUGCAAAGCCGACGGGGAAGUCAGCGAGGGAAGGUUGUGCCUCCUAAAGUGCGAGACGACGCCGCCGAAUAAGUGGCCCCUCGCCAGGAUCGAACGCGUGCACCCCGGGGAGGACGGGGUCGUCCGGGUCGUGCGCACGGCCACCUCUAGCUUUAAGCGACCGCUAUCAAAAAUUAUCCUCCUCCCGGUCUGUACGGCACCGGAGGACGACGCAUAA